AUGGGAUAUGAAGAUGCUACAAUGGCAUUGAGUGUCUUGACUGCAGCAGCAAUAGACUGCAAUGGCUGUGAUGGGACACUAGGGACAGGCUCGAGUAAACAGAGAAUAUUCCAGGUGUCGGUUGUGGUUGAUGAAUUUGAGUCCAAUUUGCACACGUAUUUGGGCUGGAAGAAUUUUCCUGGAAAUUACCUUGAAGAAAAUUCUGUGUCCCACUGUACCUUGGAAAUGAUAGUGAUUUCCUACUUGAAGUUUUGCCAGUCCACUUCUCAAAGUGAUGGCUCCUCCGUAUAUGAAGAAGCCGAUGAGACUAUGGAAAGUGUGCAGAAAAAAGGAAUUCCAGAAUUGAGUAGUACUGCCUCUGUUAAUGAACUGGAGAAGCUGAAGACAACCUCUGUAAAUCUGAAGACCAGCUCCAAAACUAGUGUUGCCAGAUUAUUUCCAGCAGUGCUGAACCUGGCUGCCAAUGCUAUCAUCACAACCAAUGCUACCUGUGGAGAAAAAGGCUCUGAAAUGUAUUGCAAACUAGUUGAACAUGUACCUGGACAACCAGCAAGAAACCCCCCACAGUGUCGUAUUUGUGACCAGAACAGUAGGAUUCCACAUCAACGACACCCAAUAACUAAUGCAAUUGAUGGGAAGAACACUUGGUGGCAGAGUCCCAGUAUCCAAAAUGGGAUAGAAUAUCAUUAUGUUACCAUUACAUUGGACCUUCAACAGGUAUUCCAGAUUGCAUAUGUUAUUGUGAAAGCAGCUAAUGCCCCUCGACCUGGGAACUGGAUUUUGGAGCGUUCACUGGAUGGUGUUAACUAUCAGCCAUGGCAGUAUUAUGCUGUAACAGACACAGAAUGCUUGACACGUUACAACAUUCAUCCGCGCAGAGGGCCUCCAUCCUAUGCAAAAGAUGAUGAAGUUAUAUGCACUUCAUUUUACUCCAAGAUCCAACCACUGGAGAAUGGAGAGAUUCACACAUCAUUGAUCAAUGGACGACCUAGUGCUGAUGAUCCUUCCCAAGUAUUGCUGGAAUUCACCUCAGCUCGCUUUAUUCGACUGAGGUUUCAGAGGAUACGGACACUGAAUGCUGAUUUAAUGAUGUUUGCACACAAAGAUCCCAGUGAAAUUGACCACAUAGUUACAAGGAGGUAUUACUAUUCUGUAAAAGAUAUAUCUGUUGGAGGCAUGUGUAUCUGUUCUGGCCAUGCAAGGGCUUGUCCUUUGGAUCCAGCAACUAACAGAUCAACUUGUCAAUGUGAGCACAACACAUGUGGAGAAAGUUGUGAUCAUUGCUGUCCCGGUUUUAAUCAAAAGCCCUGGCGAGCUGGGACAUUCCUGGUCAAAUCUGAGUGUGAAGAAUGCAAUUGUCAUGGGAAGACUAAGGAAUGUUACUAUGAUGAGAAUAUUGCAGACAGAAAUCAGAGUUUGAAUAUCCAUGGAGAAUACACUGGGGGUGGAGUGUGUAUUAAUUGUACACACAACACUGCAGGCAUAAACUGUGAGACCUGCACUGAUGGCUACUUCAGGCCGAAAGGGGUAUUACCAGAUGACCCUAACCCGUGCCAGCCAUGUUCCUGUGAUCCAGUUGGGUCUUUACAUGCUACUUGUGUCAAGGAUGAGAAACAUGUGAAAGGAGGCAUGCUCCCUGGAUUUUGCCACUGCAAGACUGGCUAUGCAGGUAAAAGCUGCAAUCGAUGUGCAUUGGGUUACAAGGGUUAUCCUGACUGCGUGAGCUGUAGCUGCUCUGUGAAAGGCAGCUUGAAUGAAGACCCUUGUAUAGGAUCCUGCAUUUGCAAGGAAAACGUUGAAGGAGAAAACUGUGAUCGUUGUAAACCAAGUUUCUUCAACCUGCAGCAAGAUAAUCCCAGAGGCUGUGAGGAGUGUUUUUGUUCAGGGAAAACAAAUGUCUGUAUAGACUCUCACUGGACCUACAGCAGUGUAGGAGACAUGAAUGGCUGGUAUCUGACUGAUGUACCUGGUCUCCUUCGAGUUACACCUCAGCAGGACAGUUUUGAUGGACCUCAGCGGCUUAGCAUCAGUAAUGUGGCUGCCAGAAGAGUGCUGCCGCUGAUUUAUUACUGGAGUGCACCCAGUCCUUAUCUGGGCAACAAAAUAACAGCUGUUGGAGGGCAUCUGAAAUUUACCGUCUCCUAUGAGCUCACAGGGCAGGAAGAAGCUGUUCAAACAAUACUGGAGUCUGAUAUCAUCAUAGAGGGAGCUGGCUUAAGAAUCAGCACUUCAAAGGAGGGCAUUCACCUGCAGCCAUUUGAAGAACACACUGAAGAAGUUGUGCUGAAACCAGACUUAUUUACUGUGCACGGCACUGACUCUCCAGUCAGCAAAAGGGAAUUCAUGACUGUGCUGGCAAAUAUAAAGAGGCUCCUCAUAAGAGCCACAUUCAGCUAUGGGAUCGCUGCCAUCUACAGGUUGAGUGGGGUUAGCCUUGAAGCUGCUGAUCGCUAUUCAACUGGUAGGAAGGUGGCGUCUGGUGUGGAGGUUUGUCAGUGUCCUCCAGGGUAUGGUGGUACCUCCUGUGAAUCUUGUUGGCCUAGACACAGACGAGUGAACGGCACUAUUUUCGGUGGGAUCUGUGAACCAUGCACAUGCUUUGGUCAUGCAGACUUCUGCGAUGACAUCACAGGAGAAUGCAUAGACUGCAAGUACAAUACAGGUGGCCCAUACUGUGAUAGAUGUCUUCCUGGUUUCUAUGGCGAUCCUACUAAAGGGACAAAUGAAGACUGCCAGUUGUGUGCCUGCCCAUUAACUAUACCUUCUAACAACUUUAGCCCAACAUGUCAUUUAGACCGAAGUCAUGGAUUAAUAUGUGAUGAAUGCCCUCCUGGCUAUGCAGGACCACGCUGUGAGAGGUGCGCAGACGGCUAUUUUGGACAACCUUUAAUACCAGGAGGAUCAUGCCGGCCCUGCCAGUGUAAUGACAACCUUGACUUUUCCAGUCCCGGCAGCUGUGACAGCUUAUCUGGAGCUUGCCUGAUAUGUAAACCUGGUAUAACAGGUCAAUACUGUGAAAAGUGCGCUGAUGGAUAUUUUGGAGAUGCUCUUGAUCUAAAGAAUUGUCAAUCGUGUCAGUGCAACAUCAAUGGCUCAUUCUCAGAGAUCUGCAACUCUCAGACAGGGCAGUGUGAGUGCAAGCCCAAUGUUGUGGGGCGUCGCUGUGAUGAGUGUAAGCCCAACUAUUUGUGGGCCCCAGAAAAGCAAUUCUGCAUACCUUGUGGCUGCAGUCCUUUAAGAUCCAUGUCACUGCGCUGUGAUAUGUCGGGGAGAUGCAUCUGCAAAUCAGGAUUCAUGGGUAAACGCUGUGAGCUCAGCAGACAGGUGCAUAAACGGAAAGAAAAUCCACGGGCCACUCAGCAAAUCCAAGUCCCUUCUCAGAGAUGGGGCUUCACUGGUACCAGCGGGUGCCCCCGGGGUGCUUACAGGCCUGUCGAUUUGCCUGGAACAUUUGGUCUUCAGUCGUCUAGAGGAUGUGUUCCCUGUAACUGCAAUUCUUUUGGUUCCAAAUCCUUCGACUGUGAUGAGAACGGACAGUGCCAUUGCCAGCCUGGCGUAGCAGGAAAGAAAUGUGAUCGCUGUGCUCACGGAUUUUACAACUUUGAAGAGGGAGGAUGCACUCCUUGUGAGUGUUCCCACCUUGGUAAUAAUUGUGAUCCAGUCACUGGCCGCUGUGUGUGCCCUCCCAAUACCAUAGGAGAGAAGUGUGAUAAGUGUGCACCAAAUUACUGGGGUCAUGACAUUGUCAGUGGGUGCAAGGCCUGUGACUGCAGUAUGGUUGGAUCCCUCAGUUUCCAGUGUAACCUAGAUACAGGGUGCUGCUCCUGCCACCCUAAAUUCUCUGGGGACAAAUGCACGCAGUGCAGACCGGGAUAUUGGAAGUACCCACAGUGCAUUCCCUGUGACUGCUUGCUGGCAGGGACUGAUCCUCAGACUUGUGAUGCAGAGACGGAACAAUGUUCAUGUGUUGAUGGUACAGGGCAAUGUAGCUGCAAGGUUAACGUGGAAGGUGUCCGUUGUGACAGGUGCAGGUCUGGAAUGUUUGGACUCUAUGCCAAAAACCCACUUGGCUGCAACAGCUGCUAUUGCUUUGGCCUGACUACUCAGUGCAGUGAGGCAAAGGAGCUGAUCCGCAUGUGGCUGACCUUGAAGCCGGAACAGAUGGUUCUGCCACUGGUAGAUGAAAACCUUCAGGACAGUACUACCAGAGGGGUUGUAUUCCAACAUCCAGAGAUAGUAGCUAACAUUGAACUGGUGAUGCAAGAUCUCCAAUCAGAACCUAUUUACUGGAAACUUCCAGAGCAGUUUGAAGGCCGAAAGCUGACUGCCUAUGGAGGGAAACUGAAAUAUGCUAUCUACUUUGAAGCACGCGAAGAGACGGGUUUUGCUACCUAUAAUCCCCAGGUCAUCAUCAGAGGUGGGCCUCCCACAAGUACUAGAACUAUCAUCCGACAUAUGGCUGCCCCUUUGAUUGGUCAGCUGACAAGACAUGAGCUAGAGAUGACAGAGCAUGAAUGGAGAUAUCAUGGUGAUGACCCAAGAAUUAGUAGUACUGUGACACGUGAGGACUUCAUGGAUGUGCUGUACAACGUUCAUUACAUUCUUAUUAAGGCUUCUCAUGGCAGUAUCAUGAGACAAAGCAGAAUUUCUGAGAUAUCGAUGGAAGUUGCUGAAGAAGGCAAUGUGUCUGGAAUGAGUCGUCGUGCUCACUUGAUUGAGAAAUGUGACUGCCCAGUGGGCUAUUCUGGCUUGUCAUGUGAGGCAUGUUCUCCAGGAUUUUAUAGACUGCCUUCUAGAUCAUCUGGCAGGAGACCUGGCCCAACCCUGGGCACCUGUGCCACAUGUCAAUGCCAUGGACAUAGUAAUAUGUGUGACCCGGAAACCUCCAUAUGUCAGAACUGCAGGCAUAACACUGCUGGCGAUCAUUGUGAGAGGUGCGCAGUUGGAUUCUAUGGGAAUGUCCGAGGAUCUCCAGAGGACUGCCGUCCUUGUGCGUGUCCUCUGACCAUUCCCAGCAACAACUUUAGCCCUUCUUGUGUUGCGGAAGGUCUCAGUGAUUACCGGUGUACCGCUUGCCCACCUGGAUAUGAAGGCCAGUACUGUGAAAGAUGUUCCCCUGGCUUCUCCGGUGACCCAAGAACUCCAGGAGGGUCCUGCCAAGAAUUUUGUGAUGAUGAAUGCAUAGGACUCCUUCUAAGCGACUUGGAUCGACUAAACCAGAUGACUCUGAGUGUCAAUCUCAGUGGCCCGCUGCCUCCUCCAUAUAAAAUGCUGUAUGGCUUUGAGAACACAACUCAGGAAUUAAAGCAUUUGCUAUCACCUCAGCGAGCACCAGAGAGACUCCUUCACUUGGCACAAAAAAACCUGGAUACCCUCGUGACAGAGAUGGACGAGCUACUGACAAGAGCUACCAAGGUGACGGCAGAUGGAGAACAAACAGGGCAGGAUGCUGAGAGGACUAAUGAGAGAGCCACGUCUCUUGGACAGUUCAUCAAGAACACACUCCAGGCUGCGGAAGCUGUAAAUGAAAAUGCUGUAAAACUGAAUGAGACACUCCGAAUCCAAGAUAAGACCCUGGAGAAAAGUCUUCAGGCUCUGCAGAGUGAUAUUGAUAGAAUGAUGAGAGAACUGAGGAGAAGAAAGUUGAACGUGCAAGAAAGGGCAGCCCAAGAUGAGUUAGAAAAUGCAGAAGCCCUUUUGAACAAAGUGAAGAAAUUAUUUGGAGAGCCCAGAGAGAAAAAUGAGGAGCUCAAGAAUGAGGUCCGGAACAAGAUGGCAGAUUACAAAAACAAGGUUGACGAUGCUCAAGAACUGCUGAGAGAAGCCAGUAGUAAAAUUAGGGAAGCCAAUCACUUAUCUGCAAUCAACCAAAGAAACAUGACAGUGAUAGAGAAAAGGAAGCAAGCUGUAGAAAGUAGCAGACAAGAGGCCAAAAAAACACUAAACGAGGGGAAUGACAUCUUGGAUGAAGCCAGCCGUCUUGCAAAUGAAAUCAAUUUAGCUGUGGAGUAUGUAGAAAACUUCGGGGAUAAGAUACAACCAAUCACUGAUGAGCUGAAGGAUAAAAUAGACAAUCUCUCCCAAGAUAUUCAGGAUAGGAUGCUUCCAGAAAAGGUGUUGCAGGCUGAGAACCAUGCAGCCCAACUGAAUGAAUCAUCUGCAAUACUGGAUGGAAUCCUUGCUGAAGCUAAAAACCUCUCAUUCAAUGCCACUGUAGCUUUCAAGGCAUAUAGCAAUAUCAAGGACUAUAUUGAUGAAGCAGAGAGAAUCGCCAGGGAGGCCAAGGCCCGUGCAAAUGAAGCUAUGCAACUGGCAUCUGGUCCUCAAGGAUCACUGAAGGAUGGUGCCAAGAACUCACUUCAGAAAAGCUUCAGGGUUCUUAAUGAGGCCAAGAAGUUAGAAAAUGAUGUUAAAGAAAAUGGGGAUAACUUGAAUAGUAUGCAGAACAGGUUGAAAAACGCUGAUGAAAAGAAUUCUGAUCUCCUGAGAGCUUUGAAUGACACCUUUGGAAAGCUGGCAGCCAUUCCUAACGAUACAGCUGCAAAAGUGCAAGCAGCUAAAGAUAAAGCUGGACAAGCUAACACCACUGCAAAUGAUGUACUGGCUAGGAUUAAAGACCUCAACCAAAACCUCCUUGGCUUAAAGAACAACUACAGCAAAUUAGCAGAUGAUGUGGCCAAAACAAAUGCUGUUGUGAAAGAUUCCACCAAGAACAUUGCUGAUGCAGAUGCCACUGUAAAAACCCUAGAAAAAGAAGCAGAUCGGCUACUGGAUAAACUCAAACCAAUCAAAGAACUUCAGGAUAAUUUGGGGAAAAACAUCUCUCAGAUAAAAGAACUGAUAAACCAAGCCCGGAAACAGGCCAAUUCUAUCAAAGUCUCUGUGGCUUCUGGAGGUGACUGCAUUCGCACGUACAGACCGGAAAUAAAGAAAGGAAGCUACAACACUGUCAUUGUCAACGUGAAGACAGCAGUAGCUGACAACCUUCUUUUUUAUCUUGGAAGUGCCAAAUUUACUGACUUCUUGGCCAUAGAGAUGCGUAAAGGCAAGGUGAACUUCUUGUGGGAUGUGGGAUCUGGCGUUGGACGAGUUGAGUAUCCAGAUCUGACCAUCGAUGAUGCAUUUUGGUACCGGAUUGAAGCCUCUAGGACUGGAAGAAAUGGCACAAUUUCAGUACAAGCUCUGGAAGGUCCCAAAGCAACCAUCAUGCCAAGUACCUUCAGCGCAGCCUCUCCACCUGGUUAUAAUAUUCUGGAUGUAGAUGCAAAUGCUGUGUUGUUUGUUGGUGGUCUAACUGAUAAAAUUAAGAAAUCAGAUGCUGUAAGAGUCACUACCUUCACUGGCUGCAUGGGUGAAACUUACUUGGACAGCAAGCCCAUAGGACUGUGGAAUUUCAGGGACACAAAGGGUGACUGCAAAGGAUGUGCUAUCAGCCCACAGGUGCCAGACAGUGAGGGAACUGUUCAGUUUGAUGGAGAUGGUUAUGCUUUGGUGAGCCGCCCAGUCCGCUGGAACCCCAAUGUUUCUAUGGUCAUGUUCAAGUUCAAGACCUUCUCUUCCAGUGCUCUGCUGAUGUACCUUGCUACACAUGACUUGAAAGAUUUCAUGAGCAUAGAGCUCAGUGAUGGGCAUAUAAAAGUCAGCUACGAUCUAGGUUCAGGUACAACUUCUGCUAUUGGCAACCAAAACCAUAACGAUGGGAAAUGGAAAUCGUUCACCCUCUCAAGAAUCCAAAAACAAGCCAAUGUAUCAAUUGUAGACAUAGACACCAAUCAGGAAGAGAUCAUAGCAACAUCUUCUACAGGAAGCCAUUUUGGUCUCAACUUGAAAGCUGAUGAGAAAAUAUAUUUUGGUGGAUUGCCUACUCUUAGAAACCUGAGUAUGAAAGCAAGGCCUGAAGUGAACUUAAAGAAAUAUGCAGGCUGCCUCAAAGAUAUUGAAAUUUCACGAACACCAUAUAGUAUACUGAGCAGCCCUGAUUUUGUAGGCAUAACCAAAGGAUGCACACUGGAGAACCUUUACACAGUUAGCUUCCUCAGACCAGGUUUUAUGGAACUGCAGCCAGUCUCAUUUGACAUGGGUACAGAAAUCAACCUGUCCUUUAGCACCAAGAAUGAGUCUGGGGUCAUCUUAUUUGGCACAGCAGGGACACCUAUACCCCCAAGGAGAAAACGCAGACAGACUGGGCAGGCCUAUUAUGCAGUGUUCCUGAAUAAAGGUCGAUUAGAAGUGCAUAUCUCCACUGGAAUACGAGAUCCACGCAGGAUCACCAUCAGACCUGAAUCCGGUGAUUUUCAUGAUGGUAGAGAACACUCCAUCCGGAUAGAAAGAAUCAAAGGGAUGUUUACUGUUCAAGUAGAUGAAGACAGAAGCCAGACUCAGAGGCUACCUACUGAUCAGUCUAUAACUGUUAAAAAACUCUUUGUGGGAGGGACCCCACCUUACUUUCAGGUUGCGCCUAUCAGGAACAUACCCCCUUUUGAGGGUUGCAUAUGGAAUCUUGUCAUCAAUGCCAUCCCCAUGGACUUCGCUCAGCCUGUGUCCUUCAAAAAUGCAGAUAUAGGCCAGUGUCGCACUCUGGAAUCCGAGAUCAGAUUUCCUGAAGGAGAAGAUGAAGAUGAAGCUACCCCUGCUUCUGUCUUGAUCCAGCCUGAACCUGAUGGUAAAGAGGAGAAAGAGAGCACAACUGCCACCCCCAGGUUUUCUUCCUCUCCUCUUCCACCACCAUCACCUUCACCUCCUACACAUGACUCGUGUGCCGCUGAUAUAGUGCCAGCUGUUUUGGAGGGUGGCAAACAAUUUGGUCUUUCAAGGAACAGCCAUAUUGCGGCAGCAUUUGAUGAUACCAAAGUGAAGAACAGGCUCACAAUUGAAUUUGAAGUCCGAACAGAGGCUGAAUCUGGCUUGCUUUUUUAUAUGGCCCGGAUCAACCAUGCUGAUUUUGCCACUGUUCAGAUAAAGAAUGGACUGCCUUACUUCAGCUAUGACCUGGGAAGUGGGAACACCAGCACAAUGAUUCCAAACAAAAUCAAUGAUGGCCAGUGGCACAAGGUAAAAAUAUUUCGAACCAAGCAAGAAGGAAUCCUUUUAGUAGACGGUGUUUCAAACAGGACCACCAGUCCCAAGAAGGCCGAUAUCUUGGAUGUUGUGGGAAUGCUGUAUGUCGGAGGAUUGCCCAUUAACUAUACAACACGAAGAAUUGGUCCAGUCACCUACAGCAUUGAUGGUUGCAUCAGAAAUUUUAAGAUGAUGGAGGCUUCUGUUGACCUGGAUAAUCCAACUUCCAGCUUCAAUGUUGGCAAAUGCUUUAUCAAUGCAGAGAAAGGAACAUUCUUUGAUGGAACAGGCUUUGCCAAAACAGUUGGAACAUAUAAAGUGGGAACAGAUUUACUAGUGGAGUUUGAAUUCCGUACUACUCGAAUGAAUGGUGUUCUGCUGGGAAUCAGCAGCCAAAAAAUGGAUGGACUCGGUAUCGAGCUGGUAGAUGAAAAACUGAUGUUCCAUGUGGAUAAUGGCGCAGGCAGAUUCUCUGCCAUCUAUGAGCCUGACAAACCAGGCAGCUUGUGUGAUGGACAGUGGCACAAGGUUACUGCAAACAAGAUCAAGCACCGAUUAGAAUUAAUUGUGGAUGGGAAUCAGGUGGACGGAAGCAGCCCAAAUGGAGUCUCCAGUUCUGCGGACACUAAUGAUCCUGUCUUCAUUGGAGGAUAUCCUGAUGGUCUGAACCAGUUUGGCCUGACUACAAAUAUCCGUUUUAAAGGAUGCAUUCGUUUGCUGAAGCUCACCAAAGGCACUGGUAAACCCCAGGAGAUUAGCUUCAGCAAAGCCUUGGAGCUGAAGGGAGUUCAACCUCUAUCAUGCCCUGCAAACUAACAUGAGAUCAUUCAAGUUUGACUUGCAUCUGAUUGUUUUAAGUGCCUAAAUUUAAAAAAAAAUUUAUAUACAGUACAUUAAUAAAAUGUCUUUGUGCAAGUAUUUUGAGUUCUGUCUGUGAUAUUUAAAUGACUCUAUUUCAAGGUAGCUCCAAAAGAAGAUUAAAUUAGUAAUCAUUCAUUUCUUCUUUCUUUAACUGAAUAAAGCAAUAAAUUACUCUAAUCUUUUGUGCUGUUUUUCUGUAGUUUGAAAUGGAAUUUUUCAGCAUAGUUUUUCGUGAGUGGGACUGUAUAAUAUGGAGAGGUGUGUCAG